AUGCGCGCCUUCAUCACCAUCUCAGUCCUCAUCACCGGUGCCCUAUCCCAAUCAGUCCAAGACUACCUGAACUGCGCCAGCUCCGCCCUGGCCAACGCCGACGUCUCCAAAUUCAGCGACUGCACCGACAAACCCGCCCACGCCUGCGUUUGCAAAAACAAAGAAGCAAUCUCAAACCUCAGCACAGGCGUCGCAUCCGCCUGUGCGGGCAUCGACCUCGCCGCCCUAACAUCGUCCCUCUGCCACGGCUCUCACGCCGCCCCUGCCGCCCCUGCCGCCCCCGUCCCCGACGCCCCCGCCCCCGCCCCCGCCCGCCACGCCAGCAUGCCCAUGCAGCCCGCCAAGCGCGACCAUUCCAACGAGGAUGGGACCCAGGUCAUAUACGUAACCGAGACGCGCAACGACUGCAGCUGCAAGAGCACGCCAAUAGCCGAGUCGCCCGCGCAUGUAUCGCAGAUUCCGGUCGAUGUGCCGGUGAGCAGUAUGGGACCGAUGGUGACGGGUGCGGCGCCGAAUCACUCACACGGUGUGCUUGGUCGGCCGUCGUCGGUGAUCUUUGGGCCGCAGGCUUCGGCGGCGACGCCGUCGCCUUCGGGGGUUGAUCCGAGUCGGUUUUCGUCGUUUGAGGGGGCUGCAGCGCCGGGAGUUGCGGUGAAUGGGGGUGUUGUUGUUGGGGUUGCGGCUGUUAUCGGAUUCAUGGCUGCUUUGUAA